AUGAAGUUCGGGAAGACUCUUCUCAAGAGCCAGAUAACAGAAUGGCAAAGCCAUUAUAUCUCUUAUAAAGCGCUUAAGAAAACAAUCAAGAGCGUGGAAAAAUCAAAGCUGACAACUAGAACAAUAGACGAUGACCCCGUGACAGCCUUUUUAUUCGCUCUGGAUCGCGAACUCGAAAAGGUCGAAUCGUUCUUUGCUCGCAAAUUGAAUGAUCUAAAAAAGCAGCGUGAAAAGUAUCGCUAUGUCCAAUCGCACGAUCACGAUUCGAAUUCCGAAGCCUUGGUAGCUUUAACAGAGACUAUGAACCUGAUCCAUAACCUUUUGAGUUUUGCCGAUACUAAUAAGAAAGGCUUUGCGAAAAUUCUUAAAAAGUUCGACAAGAAAUUCCAUCAGUCAACACAGGACACAUACCUUAGGACCAAAGUCGCUGUUUGCUCCUUUGCGAACGACACCGUUUUGGCAGAAAUACUCGAAUCGAUUGAGAAAUCUCAGGAUCUGCUUCGGCAGGUGGCAGAACAAGAGAAUUCUGAGUAUCCUCCUCGUCAAAAUGUCAAAUUAACAGCAGAGCGGAACAACAUAUUUUUAGAUGUUCUCGAGCAAGACGAUGUCGAUGCUCUAAAGCAGAUAAUAGAAAAUAUGUCUGUUGGCGUGGACGAACAGAAAGCGGCAACGGAUAAGACACUGUUCUCUAUGCUUUCCAAAGCAUGUCAACAGCGUGCGUUGAAAUGUAUAAGACUCUUAAUUGAAUCCGGGGUAAAUCUCACGGACGACAAUGACAUCAACGAACGAUCAAUUCUCCAUAAACUUGUAAUACAUGGUGGAAUUCUCAAUACUGGCCGCGUAUCGCCCACGAUGAAGAACACGAUUACAUCGGACCAGUUAUUAUCUCUAUCUCGCUCACCAACGGACAAUAACAUCAAAAAUAUGGCAAAUGGUGAUAGCGGGUCCUUUGCAUCGGAUGCUGUUCAGGGUAAUCCCGAGAUAAUCUCGGUUAUUCUUGAGCAUCUGAAAGGCGAUCUGGCAUUACAAUCCAAUACAAAAGACACUUCUGGGAGACGCCCAUUGCAUUAUGCAAUGGCUAACGGAUACGUAAAGAUAGUGCGAGUAUUAUUAGAACAUUUGAUAAACACUGAACAAUUUUCAUUCCAUCAGGAUGAUGCUUGGUUUGAUAAUGAUGGUUAUACACCCUUGUUCUACGGCAUACUCCAUGGGAGAACACAAGCUGUAAAAUGUAUGAUCGAUAUGGGAGGGAUUACGGACAUUAGCACCAUCACAACUCGCUCGCCCAACCAUGCAGUCUACACGCCUCUUAAUCCUUUUGCUAGAAAUGAAGCCCACACUCCACUGGCCAUGUCUUGUAAACUGGGAUAUACUGCGAUGACUGAACUGCUGCUUGACUAUGGUGCUGAUCCCGAUUCUGAAGACAAAUAUGGAGAAACACCAUUACAUUUUGCAGUAAGAAAUGGAUAUACUGAAUGUGUCACGCUGCUCGUCGGAUUCGAAAACGAGAAGGGAGUUAACGAAAUUGUAAGAAAGAAGGCUAAUAUGGAGAUCAAAGAAAAGUUGUGUGGACGGACAGCUCUGCUCUUAGCCGCAAUCGAAGGACAUCUCGAAAUAGUCGAUAUUCUAAUAAAGGCAGGCGCCAAUAAAGACGCUACGGACUUUUCCGAAUGGACUGCACAUGUGCACGCCACUUUCCGCGGUCACGUAAAAGUUCAGGAACUUCUUCGGCCUUCUAAGCCUUACGCUGUAAAAGCGCCUGAGGGUAUGGAGACAAAUAAAGAAAGCGUAGCUGCUGAACGUAUCUACGGUCAUAAAUUUUUGCAAGGCCAAUCAAUGAUAUCUGUCACCAUUGGAACAUUUGAUACAAGAAAGCACAUCAAGCCAGUACAGAUCAAUAAUAUGGCCGUCCCCCCAAACUCGAUAAUACCGUCUAUGUCCACGUCUCUCAUAGUCUCUGCAAAAAAUGCUGUCGGGGAGCCGACAGUCAUAGAUCUUCCAGUUAAGGACCAUUCGGAGCCGGUUAUAUUUUACUCGGAUAAUAUCGACGAUGUAACGUUAAAUUUUGAUUUGGUACCUACAUACGGCACUAAGAAGCAGUUGAUUGGGCGUGCGACUGCUCUGCUGUCUUCAAUAAAGACAUUCGACAUUGACAAGACAUCUUUUAUGGGAUCAGUAACUGUCCCUAUACUCGGAGCCGGAUCCUUGGAAGUGAUUGGGAAAAUCAUAUUCGAGUUUUUGGUAGUGAAUCCCUACACUCACCCUAAUUUAAGCGUCGACAGUAAACAUACGUAUUGGAAAUCAUUAACGACCAAGCUCAUUGGUCACCGUGGAAUGGGCAUGAACCGACCAUCACACAACCUUCAGUUGGGGGAAAACACUGUAAUGAGCUUCGUCACUGCGGCGUCCUUGGGAGCAGAGUACGUCGAAUUCGACGUACAACUUACAAAGGACCGCGUUCCGGUUAUUUACCAUGAUUGGACGAUAACCGAGACAGGUUAUGAUAUACCCAUUCAUGCAAUUACGCUCGGGCAAUUUUUAAGUCUUAAAAAUGAUAGUGUUUCCCAAACUGCUAAUGGUAAUGGAACUGAUGACGAUGCAAUUACAAUCACUCCUUCUGAGGACAAAGCCACAAAUGAGAAAACCGGUACCAACAAUAAUAAAGAUACCACUCAUAUAACCAAGAAACUUCGACGCUCUAAUAGUCUCGGAGUGAUGACAGUCAAAAACGGUCUGAAAUCAGCGCAUAACAUGGAAAUAAAAGGCAACGGGGCCAACACUAUUCAAGCACCAUUCACAACUUUAGACGAAACGUUCAAGAAAGUGCCACUCCACAUUGGUUUCAAUAUAGAAGUAAAAUAUCCAAUGAUUGAUGAAGCCGAGUCUUCGGGUCUCCCAAUAUACAAUACAGAACUCAACGUUUUCGUUGAUGCCAUUCUCAAUGUAGUCUACGAUCAUACUGCCCAAAAUCGGAAUAUCCUCUUCUCCUCCUUUCACCCCGAAAUAUGUCAAAUCCUGGCAGUCAAACAACCCAACUAUCCCGUAUUCUUUCUAUCUAACAUCGGAACAGUGAAUAUGGCAGAUGCACGUUGCCAAUCCAUUCAACGUGCUAUUAGAUUCGCAAAAUCGGCAGAUUUGUUGGGUAUUGUGGUACGCUCCGACCCUGUUUUGGAAGCUCCUCAAUUAAUAAAAACUACUAAAGAGACGGGACUUUUAGUAUUUACUUAUGGAGCUAGGAACAAUGACGUUGAAUGUGCUAAAUUUCAGAAGAAACUUGGAGUUGAUGCAGUAAUUGUGGAUUCUGUCCUAGCUAUCAGAAAUGGCUUACAACAACAUAAUGAUUGA